AUAAUUCAGUAAAACACAUGUUUUCUGUAGUGCAUUGGUUUCCAAUCCACAAGGGGGAAGCACUUUCACUGUACAGAAUUAAUUUUACGUCAUUGGGAAUUUCCAGCGAGGAAGUAACAUUGCGUCAAAUACACUCAUUUUGCUAUGAAAGAAAAACAAAACAAACGGAUUCUCUUUAUCAUACCGUCCAUGCAGGAUAAAUAAAAUAGCUUUUAGUUUACACAUAAGGAUCCUUGAUUCGUUACACAAAAUAUUUCCUAUAUACAUGUAGAACAUUGGAAAUGGCGGAGUAAUUUUAUUGUAGCACUUGAUCGACUUCAGAUCAGAUACACAUUCUUCCAAAUAAUUCUGGACGUUGAGAUAAGGUACUGCUUGGAGACAUUGCUGCAUAUUUUCAUCACCCCUCACAGCUUCCGGGACCGCUUUACCAAACUAGGAUAGCAUGGCUGAUGAAGAUUCUUAUCUGGGGGGACAAGGUCACCAUAUGUUUGAAAUAGACCCGUUUUCAUCUUUAAUGGGAAUGGAGCCUUUUACUUUUCCUAACAUGGCGACCACCAAUUCACUGCGAAUAGCAGAUGGACCAUACCUCCAAAUUAUAGAACAACCUAAACAGAGAGGCUUUCGUUUCCGCUACGGGUGUGAGGGACCAUCGCACGGUGGAUUGCCUGGAGCCUCAAGUGAGAAGAACAGGAAAUCCUUCCCACAAGUCAAGAUAUGCAACUAUCAGGGACCAGCAAAGAUCGUCAUUCAGCUCGUGACCCAUUCCAAAGAGGUGCACCUGCAUGCACACAGCCUGGUUGGAAAGCAGUGUGACAAAGGCAUAUGUGUGGCUGACCUGCAACCCAAAGAUACAAGCAUCAGUUUUCCAAACCUGGGUAUUCUUCAUGUCACUAAAAAGAACGUUACCAAGACCUUGGAGGACAGAAUGACUGAGGCGUACAGAUUGGGCUACAACUUCGGCGUCUCGAUUCACCCAGAAAUAAAUUCUUUACAAACCGAGGGGCGAGUACCAAGAGAACUCACAGAUCACCAGAGAUGCCUCAUCGCUAAUGCUGCCAUCAGUCAGGCCAAGGACAUGGAUCUCAGUGUGGUUCAGCUGAUGUUCACAGCAUUCCUACCUGACAGUGAUGGUGGAUACACGAGGCGACUGGACCCCGUCAUUUCAGAUCCAAUUUUUGACAGCAAAGCCCCAAAUGCCUCUAAUUUAAAGAUUGUGAGGAUGGACCGCACAGCUGGCUGUGUUACUGGGGGUGAAGAGGUCUAUUUGCUUUGUGAUAAGGUUCAAAAAGAUGACAUCCAAGUUCGGUUCUAUGAGGAGGAUGAAACAGGAGGAUACUGGGAAACGUUUGGAGAUUUUUCUCCAACAGACGUGCACAGACAGUUUGCUAUAGUCUUUAAGACUCCAAAAUACCGGGACCUCAACUUGCAAAAACCAACCUCUGUGUUUGUCCAGCUGAAAAGAAAGUCUGACAAUGAGACAAGUGAACCAAAGCCCUUCACUUACCAUCCACAGGUUAUAGAUAAAGAGGAGGUCCAGAGGAAGCGUCAGAAGACACUGCCCAGCUUUCCGGAUUAUGGUGCUGGAUCUGGUGGAGGGGGAGGAGGGAUGUACGGUGGGGCAGGAGGGGCUCCUGGAACAGGAGGGGCUGGAUUUAAUUACCAAGGAUACUCAAACUAUAAUCAUUUUGGAAGCCGCUAUCCAUAUUCUGGUGGUCCCAGCAGCUCUGGUGCUGGAAUGAAACAUGCUUCAAAGGGCCAUGCAGAUGAUGGCGAUGACAGUGACUUGGAUGACGAUAGUGAGGCCCAGAGUAAUCUGAGGACUAGCUGCCAGGAGAAGUCCGAAGACAUGCAGAAAGCCUGUGAGGAGGAGAGUACAUCAGAUGGAGUGAAUCAGGGCCCUACCGAAGAUUCACUUAAGAUGGAAGAAGCCAAAAGCAGAGUCGACCGACUAUUCACUGAAAAGGCUAUGCAGCUUGCUAAGCGACAUGCGGAUGCGCUCUUUAAUUACACCGUCACUGGGGAUGUGAGGAUGUUACUGGCUGUUCAGAGACCCCUCAUGGCAGUUCAGGAUGAAAACGGAGAUACAAAAGGGGCCUGGUUCCACAAAAGGAUUGGCUCUGCGAGAUCAACAGGGCGGUGCAGAUUUUCACAUGCCUUGCACCUUGGUGUUCUCCACCACAGAUCUGAGACUGCUAAAAAUCUUGUUGAAGUGAUUUCUAGUAUUCCUGGGGAGGAUGUGAUCAACAUGAGGAACGACCUCUACCAGACUCCUUUACACUUGGCCGUUAUUACACAGCAAGCAGACACAGUGGAAGCUUUGUUAAAAGCUAAUGCAGAUUUAAGUCUCGCAGAUCGCCAUGGCAACACAGCUUUACACCUGGCUGCCAAGCAAGGAGAGUCAAAGAUUCUGAGCCUUCUACUCCAACGCCAGGAAGCAGCUGGACUGAUUAAACAUCCUAACAGUGAAGGUUUGAGUGCUCUUCAUUUGGCGGUGCUGGCCAAUAGCUUGCUGUCUCUUAGACAGCUUAUCUCUUAUGGCGUGGAUGUUGAAGAAUGCGAGCAGAGUUCCGGUCGAACUGCACUACACCUGGCAGUAGAGCAGGAGAACAUCUGUUUAGCUGGAAGCCUUCUCCUUGAGGGCAGUGCUUAUGUGGAUUCCUCUACAUACGAUGGGUCUACUCCACUCCACAUAGCAGCUGGAAGGGGCUCCGUCAAAAUGACUGCUCUUCUUAUGGCAGCUGGAGCAGAUGCACAUAAAGAGAACUGCGAGCCCCUAUAUGAUACUGAUGACAGAGGCUAUGAAGAGGAGGAGGAGGAGGAUGAAGAGUUUGUUCCAGGGACCACCCCUUUGGACAUGGCACUCAGUGAUGAGGUCUUUGAUCUACUGAAUGGAAAACAGUAUGAACCAAAGUUAAAGUCUUCCAGUUUACCACCACAAGGUGAUAUGAAUGAUCUCAGUGAAGAAGAUAAGCAGGAGCUGUACAAAGUCCUGGAGCUGCCUGGUCAGAGCUGGGAGGUCCUGGCACAGUGGCUAGGAUUAGGAGUCCUAAACAGUGCUUUCAAAUUAAGCCCAUCACCAGCCAAAACACUGCUGGAGAACUACGAGGUUUCUGGUGGUACUAUAAUGGAGCUGCUAGAUGGUUUAAAAUCAAUAGGGAACUCAGAAGCUGUUGAUAUUGUUCAGAAAGCUCUGUUUGGUGCUGUGUAUAAGAAAAACGAGGACACCCCUGUUCCAGGCUCGCCUGCUCUUGCCAAACAGCAGACAGGUGUCCAGCUUCCAAAUGGACUGCAGGAUCUCAAGAACUACAGCAGUGAAGACAAUAGCGCGUACGACAGUGGGGUAGAAACGUCUUUUAGGAGGUUUAGCCUCUAUUCUUCCGAAUCGCUGAAUUGUACUCCAGAAGAAUUGGGACCGUCUGGAAUAUCCAAGGUCCCUAAGCAAGGUUUUGUUGUUGAGGGAGAAUUAUAACAUGGCAAAAAUAGGCUUUUUUAAACCCAUAACAGAAGUAUUGGGGCUGUUUGUUUGGUUUAUUUUAUUGAAUGCUUAUUUUGUCAAAUGCUUAUUUAUCUUGUGACCAGCAGCAGUUCAGUCCAGUUUGUACUUCUGGCAUCUCAAGAUAUUGUGUCAACAGCAGGGGGGUUGUUGACACAAUGUUCCUGUUUCAAAAUGAAUGGACUUCUAAGAGGCAAAUGCCAGAUAAUCCUGCCUAGUUGACUACCAACUGAUUAUACUGUUGUUAAUGUCGUCAAACAACCUUUUCCUUUAAUGAUCUAAACUUGAGGAUUGAAACACUUCUUUUUUUUUCUGGCUUUCAAAUUGAAUGUAUUCUUGUGCUUUUAAUAACUAACAUUUUGUGUUUUCAUGAACUGAAACGUGCUGUACUGCAGAGAUCUAAAGGUCAGAAUAUUGUGGAUGACUGACAGUGCCAUGCACAGUCAGCCAGGCACAUCUCAUACAAUUAAGUGUUGUUUUAACCAUUUAUCUUAAUGCUAGUGUUGUCAAGACAUACAUUUUAAUUAUAACAACAAUUAAUAAAGAAUAAACAAUGUAAGAUUUUUUAAAACUAGUUUUUCUAUUUUAUUUUUUUAAGACGUAUUAGUGCAGUUGUGUGCUCUACUUACUGUAUUAAUGUGAUAAUGUAUACAUUUCUAUAAGAUGUGCCUUUAAUUAUGCAUUGGUUUGUAGAGAUUGGUGCAGUCAUGUGUUAUGAAUUAACUCAAAGAGUUUGAAUAGUUUGUUAUUAUAAUGUUUUAUGUAGGGCUAGUUUGUUUAAACCCUUGUAGUAUAGAGCUUGCACAACAGCCUUGCUACAUUGUUUUAGCCUUCUAAAACAAAUGUGACCAAGUUACAUUAUUCACCAUGCCUUUUUAUAGAUUUAUCCCCCUACCAUUAAGAUUUUGAAAUUGUAUUGCUUUUUUUUAUUGCAUUUCCAAAAAUAGUUUUAAUUAAUUCUUCAGUUUUAUU